CCCCCCAAAGCAAAACAGGCAAACGCCUUCAUCUCUCUCUCUCUCUCUGCCUUCUGAGAAAGUUGGAGCGAAGAAGGAAGGGCGGGCAUGGUGACACCUGCUGAUUCUGAUGGUUGUUGAAGAGUGUUGAAAUUUACUAACAAUAAGUGUUGUUCAUCUUCAUCAAUAAGUCUGGCAGGAUUAAGGAGAAUCUCUGUGCCACUCAGGCUUAGAAGGAAAACCAGGAAAAAGAAGAUCCCUAAAGUCAAAGAUAAGUUAAUGGAUUUCUGGCACAAGAUGAUUUUCCCUGUCCGGCGUGUCUGGCUUGCUCUCUCUUCUCGCCUCAAGACUCGCAGAAACGGGGAUGGGCUGCUGAAGCUUCAAGAUGAUAUACAGACAUGUGGGUAUCAAGAUGUACAAGUGAUGUGGGAAAUGCUUAGAAGAACAGAACCUGAGGCUGUGGACAGCCAUCAGAAACGGAAACAACAGCCAUUCUGGGGAAUCUUUGUUUGGCCUUCUAAUUCUAACCACAGUGAUGCAUCCUUGGAAUCUUCCAAGUCUUCGUAGUUGUUAAGGAGAAGCAGACUUAUGCUUGAUGACGAUGAUGAUGUCUGAUGCCUUUACUAAUAAAAUUUCUGCUGCUCAUGUUUGGAUUGCUAGCAGUGAAGAGGCAUAUAUAACAUCAAACAUAUGUCAGCUUUCUUUUCUCUCUUACAACUGAUAGAUAUAUAUAUACACUACUUUGUGACAGUGAUAUUUGUAAAUACUUCAAUGUAUUGUGGAUAGCCAACCCAGAAGCUUUCAGGAUUUGCUUCUUGUGGUUUCAGGCUGACUUGCUUCAAGCUCAUGCAAUUCAAGGUUUUUACUGAUAAGAACACCUGUUAUUGUGUUAA